CGACGAAGCUUUCAAGGAAUCUACCUUUGCUUCGUAGAUGAUAUUGUAAGGCUAUAGACUUUGAGCUUCGCUUUUUCACACUCUCCACUGCACUCCCCCCAGCUUCACUUCGGCUUCCAUUCCUAAAUUUCCGAUCCAACAGUUGGCUGUAGAUCUAGGUUUUCUGAAAGUCCCCAGCUCACAUCGCGCAGAAUGUAAUUUUAUGUAAUAUAAUGUAGAUUUCUCCGUCCAAUGCUCCGAUUCAGUAUGGGUCAGACCUGGUUCGAGCCAAUGCGGCCUAGGGUUCCGAGGAGGGUCUGGUUAGGGUUCCAAAAAUCAAUGGGUGUCCUCGUGGGUGGAAAUCACACCUCCUCCAGGUUUUGCACUCGCUAGUUCUUUCUAUUAAUCUCGUUUUGGCUUAUUUCCUCUCAAAGUUUCACCAAAAUCCCUUAGAUUUAGUUAAAUCUUCAACACUUGCUCUCCGAUUUCACUCGUGAUCUGAAAAACGAAAUCCGUGCAAUUCAUGGAUCUGAAGGCCGUGAGAUAUCAGAUCCUACAUGGGUCUAUAGCCAGGCGCGUGCUUUAUCGCACUUUCGUAAUCGCCUCGGCUGUUUCGAUAAUUCCCUUGCUGCACGUCUUAUCUGGUUCCGAUUCGGGAAUAUUUGCUUCUAUGGCCACCAGCGACUGUGCAUUCAAUUCAGGCUUUUCAACAACUGCUAUGGUUCCGGCCGCGUAUUUGUUUCGUUCCAGGUUCCUGAAUCCACUCUGGGGCUCAUUUCAACCGGUGCAGUGCAAGGAAACUGCGAGUUUGACCGUUAAUGUGGUCAGAGAGCUUGUGGAUAAGAAGUUCUUGAAUUUCAAUGGGAAAGCUCUCUUUGUUGGAGAAGGAUGGGUCUUCGGCGUGAUGGCACUGCGAGAUCUGGGGUUCUCCAAUGUCUACGGUGUUUCUAAGAAGCACCGGUUUCUGUCUCUUAAUCGGAAACAUGAGCUUGAUUACAUGGACAAUUCAUUUGAUUUCGUGCUGUCAAGGUAUAAUGACCAGGUUUCUACUCCUGCAUUGCUCGUUCUCGAAAUGGAACGCAUUCUUAUCCCAGGUGGAAUCGGCGCCGUGCUUGUGGGUAUUAGCAGCAUCGUCCCAAAUGGAUUGAUCAGAUCUGCAACCCCAGUUUCAUCUUUACUGAAAAGUUCCGAUGUUGUGCAUGUUGGUUAUGUGCACAACUUUACUCUGGUUGUCUUCAAGAAAAGAUUCCAAGAUGCCAGUUGUUUUGAGCAGUAUCGCCUUCCGGCCGACUGCCCGUCUGUCACAAAUAACAAGCCUUUCAUGGACCAAAUUGAGCCCCUUGCGGAGGAAAAAUCAAUGGGGUUUGAGAACUGGUUUUCUUAUCUGCCCAAGCUUAUGGAUGUUGAUACUAAAAAGCGGUUGGUCUAUAUUGAUAUUGGGGCAGGGAUGCAUCUGAACUCCAAUGUUAUGAACUGGUUUUUGCCCUUUUAUCCGGUGGAUAGCAAAGCAUUCAAUGUUUACUUUGUUGACCAUAACACUUCAGUUCUGCUAUCCUAUGUCAAAAAGCCUGGAAUAACUUUUGUAUAUCAUCCGGGUUUGGCAGGAAACUGGGCUCCGGCCAACCUUGCUUCCGAUGAAGAUGUCGAUCCGCCUUUGCAAAAUGAAUCGUUUAAUUUCCUUUCUUGGUUUAAAGAAACAGUUCAGCAUGCAGAUUUUGUGGUCCUGAAGAUGAACUCAGGCAAUGUGGAAAGGAAAUUCCUCUCUGAGUUAUUUGAAAGUGGUGCAAUAUGCUUUGUUGAUGAGAUGUUCCUUCACUGCUCGGAGGGAGCAGAUGGUGGAGGUGCGUUAAAGGGAGACUGCAUGGACCUCUUCAAGGGGCUUAGAAGCCGUGGUGUCUUUGUCCAUCAAUGGUGGGGAGACUAAACUGAAAUUCCGUGUCGUUUGAACUGUUGUGUUGAGACUUUAGUUAUGAUGUGUGUUAUGUUGGCCGAGUUUAGGGUGUGUAUGAACAUCCAAAUGCUUUGUGGUUGGGCAUUUAAGCUAAAUAAGCAACUUAUAUGGUAAUGUCUAAGUUUGUCGUCGUUUAGGAUGUUUGAAAGUUCGAGUAACUUGCUUUGUGGUUGGGCACUUAAAACUAAAAAUAAGCAACCACAUGUUUUCGAUUGAAAAGUUGUCGUGUUUGUUCA